ACCAUGCUCCGCACCGCCGCUGCCGCUGCUAUGCUCGUCGCCUCUGCUGAGGCCUUCAGCACUCCCACCCUCUCCUCCCUCAGGAUGGUUGAGCCCCAGGCGCAGGUUUCCCGCAAGGAUCUCCUCAGCGGAGCUGCGACUGUUGGUGUGAGCAUCGCUGUUGGUGCUCCCCUCGCCGCUGGUGCUGCUUCUUUCGAUCCUAACACUGGCUUCCCAAAGAACGAUGCUAACAGGGACAAGCUCUGCAACGGAUCCGCUGACAAGGGAUGCCAGCCCAUGACUCAGGCUGCCUCCAUCCUUGACAAGCAGAAGGCUGUCCUUGCAGGCAAGAUCACUGUCGCCGCCAACAAGGUUCCAGUCCUCGUUGCUGCUAUUGAGAAGAUGAACAGCGGAAAGAAGCCCAAGUUCGAUAAGGACUACGUUCUCCGCUACAGUGCUCUUUACCUUAGCCCUCUCAAGGAUGCCAUGGAGCAGUACGCCCUCCGCGAUGUCAACGGCGCCAAGGCCGCUGGAGGCCUUGGCCUCCCCAAGUUCAACGAGAAGCUUGCCCCCGCUUCCGGCUCUGCUCUCUACUCUUAUGUCGAAUCUGUGAACAAGGGGAUCGAGGCUGUGUCCUCUGCUGCCAAGGCUGGAAAGUCCGAGGAGGUCCUUGCCGCUGCCAAGGCUAUCCAGGACGCUGCCAACGGAUUUCUCACCGCCGCCAACCCACCUGUUGUCUUCAACUAAAUAGAAUCAUGCAAUCUUAUCCAUUAUUUCCAAUCGAAAUGAAAUAGAGCGUUUGUGACAUGUAUCAAGCAAUGUGGCUGAUGUUGAUCUGUUGACGUAGCUCUAAGUUUAGUGACGCCUCAUGUGAUAAAUGCUUUUGAUCUAGUCUCUUCUUACAGUUCUCUGCAGUUGAAUUGAUAUACAUCAUCACAGCCUGUUAGCAUCUG